AUGGAACCACCAGAGUUAGAGUUCGAAAAGUUUCUAGGAAAAGGUUCGUACGGUUCAGUAAGCCUCUUCAAGUACUCGGAACCACGCACGACAACGCUCUACACGGCGGUGAAAACUUCCGACUACAAACACGCCUUGUCUCUUUACAAAGAGUUUCAGAUCUUGUCUCAAUUCAAGAAUUGUUCGAGAAUCGUCCAAUGUUACGAAAACAGAGUAAUAGAGAAUUUUGACGGUGAAGGUGACAUAGAGUACAUGAUGCUAAUGGAGUACGCAUCUGGAGGUAGCUUGAGAACUUUCAUGAACAGAUUCAAAGACAAGAAACUACCUGAGCCUUUGAUCAAAGAGUUUACUCGUAUGCUCCUCGAGGGUUUAGCCACGAUUCACGGACAAGGCUAUGUUCAUUGCGACCUCAAACCUGGAAACAUCCUCGUAUUCCCGAGAUGUGGUGACUACAAGAGCGGUUACGAGUUAAAGAUUUCUGAUUUCGGUUUGUCGAAAAGAGAGGGUGAUAGUGACUGGUGGCAACCUAAUCGUCCGUUUGCGGGAACACCGAUCUAUAUGUCGCCGGAAUCGGUUUCUCACGGUGAGACAGGGAAAGGACUUGAUUUAUGGUCGUUGGGAUGUGUAGUGUUGGAGAUGUACACAGGGAAGAGACCAUGGUGGCAUAAAAAGUAUGACUUGGAGGAUCUCAAGAACUGCUACGAGCCGUUGAUUCCUAAUGAUCUUCCUUAUGAUGCAAAACUCUUUAUCAUGACUUGCUUCGCGUCGGAGACAGAACAGAGAAGAGACGCUUUGACAUUGCUGAAACAUAGCUUCUUGCGUGAAGAUGUAAAUAAGAUCACAAAGCCUCUUGUGAAGAAUGAAAAUCUGAAGCUGAAGUUGGAGAAAAUUGCUGGAGAAUUUAAGAUCAUCAAGGAGCAGUCAAGACCAUUGAGACCUAAUUUGGUUCCUGUUCACCAUUGUUACUUGGUUCCUAAUUUGGUUUUUCAUUCGUAG